AAUGCUCUAAUAGUAACUUCUCUAUAAUUAUUCACAGAGGAAAUAGGCAAAAGUUGGAGAAAAGUGAAACAUUGAAGAAAGUGUCGAACCCGCACGGUUGCAGAUUUUUCUUCAACUGAAAGAGAGAGGGAGAGAGAUGGCGGACCUGGCGUGCUGUGGGACGGAGUUCUCGUUGUACGUGCUGGCGAUUAUAGGUCUGGUUUGCUUUGCCGGGCUUAUGGCUGGACUCACCCUUGGACUCAUGUCUCUCGGUCUCGUCGACCUCGAGGUCCUCAUCAAGUCCGGUCGUCCUCAGGAUCGCGCACACGCCGCUAAAAUAUUUCCAGUGGUAAAGAAUCAGCAUCUUCUACUUUGUACACUAUUGAUUGGAAACUCUUUAGCAAUGGAGGCCCUUCCCAUAUUCUUGGACAAGCUUGUGCCUCCAUGGGCAGCAAUACUGAUAUCAGUGACUCUGAUCCUCAUGUUUGGUGAGAUUUUGCCACAAGCGGUCUGCACUCGCUAUGGCUUGAGGGUUGGAGCAAUCAUGGCUCCCCUAGUUCGUCUUCUUCUUUUGCUGUUCUUCCCUCUUUCUUAUCCAAUUAGUAAGGUGUUGGAUUGGAUGUUGGGUAAGGGACAUGCCGUCCUCUUACGGCGAGCGGAGCUCAAAACUUUUGUGAAUUUCCAUGGCAAUGAGGCCGGGAAAGGCGGGGAUUUAACACAUGAUGAGACUACUAUCAUCACUGGGGCUCUUGAAUUGACCGAAAAGACUGCAAAAGAUGCCAUGACCCCCAUAUCGAAUGCAUUUUCCCUUGAUCUGGAUGCAAAUCUUGAUUUGGAAACAUUGAAUGCGAUAAUGACAAAGGGUCAUAGUAGAGUCCCGGUUUAUGCUGGAAGCCAAAAGAACAUAAUUGGACUUGUUCUGGUUAAAAAUUUGUUGACAGUUGAUCCAGACGAUGCAGUUCCUUUGAGAACAAUGAUCAUAAGGAAAAUUCCUAGGGUUUCAGAGGAGAUGCCACUAUAUGAUAUUCUAAAUGAAUUUCAGAAGGGUCACAGCCACAUUGCUGUUGUAUAUAAGGAUCUAAAUGAGAAAAAAGAUACAGCAAAGAAGGUUAAGGGGGCUGAACAACUUGAAUUUAAGGACAGUUGUAGGAAGUACAGAGGCAAAUCUGAGGUACCACUGGGUAAAGAUAAUCUUGAUGUUGGCCCUACUUCUGCCACUCAAAGUUUGGGGACUGAAUCAAAAUCACAAGAUUCUCGGACAGGUGUGACUAAGAACGAUAGAGGUCAACAGAUAGAGAAGACCCCGCUGUCUACUGCCUAUAAAAAGCGACAUAGAGGUUGUUCGUAUUGCAUUCUGGACAUCGAAAAUGUUCCAAUUCCAGAGUUCCCAUCCAAUGAAGAGGUUGUUGGUGUAAUUACUAUGGAGGAUGUCAUUGAAGAGCUUCUUCAGGAGGAAAUAUUGGAUGAAACUGACGAGUAUGUCAACAUACACAACAGGAUAAAGGUCAACAUGCAUGCGUCUAAGGAAAUGGCUAUGGAGUUGAACUCACCAGAGCCCUCUCCCAUGGAUUCAUCUGUCACUAGCACUUCUCCAAUUCCUAACCCUUCUUAGCAUCUGCAGAGUGCUUGAUUCAGGGUAAGCAACAGUAAUUUCCAACGGGACGAGCAAAGAGUGCUUACAACCCAGGGCGAGUACCUGGAAGAGUAAUAGUGUUUUCCAUAGUGGCAUGUGUUGGUCUGCUUGGUUACUCCGAGCUUGUGUUUUGCCCGGAUGGAUCUCGAUCCAUGAUCACAAUUGAGGGUUGUUGGGUUGCUCUGCUUAGUUAUCUUGAGUAGUAUUUUGACUUAACUAGCAUUGCUCGACUAUCUUGAGCAAUAGCUAUUCUCUAGCUUUGCUCAGUAAGCUAGAGCAAGGCUUGUUUUCUCGCUCUUCUUGAAAAUUCUAAGCAAGCGUUAUUGUGUUGCUUUGCUCAGUUAUCCCGAGCAAUGUUUCGAUCGAACUGGCAUUGCUCGGUCAUCUCGAGUAACGAUUAUUCAAUCUUUGGUUAGAUUACUGGAAAAACCUCAAGGCGAGCACUUGUUGUCUCAGGGCAAGCUUCAUUGCUUGGGAGAAACUUCAAGGGAAGCACUUGUUGCUCACCCUGUGCGAGAUGUUGUUACUACAAUAAUUUGUAAGAAUAAGCAAUAUUCGUUGGAAUAACAUUGUUAUCAUUUUACAAAUGCAAUUCUUAUUUUUAGGUUUCAA